AUGUCUUACGCUCACGAGGUCAUCGGCAGCGAGUUUGCCGUCUCGGCUGCCGCCCUAGAGGGGCUUCGCAUCUACAAGGAGAAGGCGGUCGAGGCCCUCCUCAACCACCUCACCACGCACCUCCUCAAGCACGGCGUCUCCACCGUCCGGCAGGACCACAUUAAGGGCAAGGUUGUCGCGCGUAUUCAAGACAUCGACUCCCUACUCAAUGACAAAUUCUCCUACUACAACUCACGCGUGGCGGAGCGUGGUAAUCUCUUGCGCAACCUCUACAAGACCAAGUUCGAGGGCCAUGCCUCCAGGAAGGGCAAGGAGUUUCUCGAGGACACGGCCCGCCUCGUCGGCCACACACAGACCGAGAUCGCCGACAAGUUCUACCUCAUCUUCUGUAACUUCACUAAGGCAAUCAGACUCGACGUCGAGGAGUAUCUCGAUGACUCGUCGCCCAAGGUCGAGGCCGCCUUCCAUGGGCAGGUCCGCAAGCGCACCGAGGAGGUGCAGCGUCUCUUUCCCGAGAGUGUCGAUGCCUGCGACGCAGAGCUUGUCAAGCUAGACGCCCAGAUUCAGGAGGGCGCAUGGGGGCUGGAGGGCUGGGAUGAGCUUGUCACCAUCGCCAACGACGGUGGAAUGGCGUACAAGAAUGAGUACCUCCUCCGUGGCGCCACCAAGCCCUAG